AUGAUUCCAUCUUCCAUUGGAGAACAUCUGGCGCCUUCGUUUCAGUUUCAGGUUAUGUCAACAAUGCUAAACGUUUGUGAGUGGUUGAAAAACCCUAGCCAGAAGACGAUAAAUAACGAGCCAAUAAAUGCACCAAACCGGCGUGACUCAUGGCUCUUCUGCUACGUGUUCUUCUCUGCCUCUUCGAGAACACCACCACCGCCUGUGCUUCUAUCUCUACCUGUUUGCCUCUCGAUUGAAUCCUUCACCGUCUCUCUCCUUAGACUUCUUCUACUAUUCUUCCAAAUGAUCCCGCUUCCGACGACGCCCUUUACUACGUGUUCUUCGUCGGGUUACUCUAACUCUACCUUGGUCACCGCCUCCGGAUCCUUCCCCACUGCCUCUUUACUGUUGAUCAGGGUUCAAUUUUGUUUUUUGUUAGUUCUCAACUGUCAUUCAUCCUAA